AUUCAAAUAAUAAUAAAUCUCAUUUUGUCCCUUCUCUUAUUUAGCUAAAUACUAAACUCUAAAACCUGGGACAAUAGAUGUAUGAAAAAUAUCGUGAGGUCCUACAUUGAACGAGCUAGCUGUAGAGACAGUAGGAGUCUUUUAUCCUGCUGGUGGACAGAAAUCUGGCGAGCUUAGGUGUCCAAUGGGAAGGCAUCGUAUUCAUAUUGUAAGUUCACAAGAUAGAGUGCAAUCCUUGUAACCACACAUGGGCGGACAACAUUGGUUGGGUCCCCCUUGUAAAAAUCUUGGAAAAGUUGAUGGAUUUAAGACUGCCAAGUGUGAGUGAAGAGUAAUCUUGAUACCCAAUGAGAUCAUAGAUAUAGAUAUCACUAGAUAAGGACCCUUUUCCUCUUACUUGCUAUAUAUUCUGAAACCCAGCUGACUUCAGUUUCAUCACAGCCAAAUUCAACAAUAUUUCAUACCAUCAAACACUCACUUUUCUCUUGAUAAGCCAUGGCAGCUUCUACAAUGGCUCUUUCUUCCCCUUCUUUUGCUGGACAGGCAGUGAAACUCUCACCCUCUGCCUCAGAAAUCUCUGGAAAUGGAAGGAUCUCCAUGAGAAAGGCUGCCUCCAAACCUGCCUCAUCUGGCAGCCCAUGGUAUGGCCCAGACCGUGUUAAGUAUUUGGGCCCAUUCUCCGGUGAGGCCCCAAGCUACUUGACCGGUGAAUUCCCUGGUGACUACGGGUGGGACACUGCUGGACUUUCAGCAGACCCAGAAACCUUUGCCAAGAACCGUGAACUCGAGGUGAUCCACUGCAGAUGGGCUAUGCUUGGUGCUCUUGGAUGUGUUUUCCCUGAGCUCUUGGCCCGUAAUGGUGUCAAGUUUGGUGAGGCUGUGUGGUUCAAGGCUGGAUCUCAGAUCUUCAGCGAGGGUGGACUUGACUACUUGGGCAACCCAAGUUUGGUCCAUGCACAGAGCAUCUUGGCCAUCUGGGCUUGCCAAGUUGUCUUGAUGGGAGCCGUUGAGGGAUACCGUAUUGCUGGUGGGCCUCUUGGCGAGGUUGUCGACCCACUCUAUCCCGGUGGCAGCUUUGACCCAUUAGGUCUUGCUGAUGAUCCAGAGGCAUUUGCUGAGCUCAAGGUAAAGGAGAUUAAGAACGGUAGACUUGCUAUGUUCUCUAUGUUUGGAUUCUUUGUCCAAGCCAUUGUUACUGGAAAGGGUCCAUUGGAGAACCUUGCUGACCACCUUGCAGACCCAGUUAACAACAACGCCUGGGCCUACGCCACAAACUUUGUCCCUGGAAAAUGAAAACCUUAAAACAUUCUUUUGUAAAGCUGUUGUGUGCUACCAGACAAUAUAAUGAAAUUUUGGUUGUGUUUGAA